UUGCAGCAGCGAGGGUCAAGCAGGUCCUUGGUCGUUUCCUGCUCGGCCGUCGCUCUCUUUUCAAGGGGAGCCGUCAGGGCGCAGGCGCUGUUGGGGAGAGCUGUGGCGGAAACACAGAGCUGGGGCACUCUGAGCCAGCCAAGCCUGCAGGUAGUUGGUUAGAUGCAGUCGUGUUCAUAACGAAGGAGGGGUAAACCAUGAGAAUAGCAGGAGCUGCAAAAUUGGUGGUAGCAGUACUGGUGUUUCUGCUGACAUUUUAUGUCAUAUCUCAAGUGUUUGAUAUAAAAAUGGACGCCAGCCUAGGAAAUCUAUUUGCAAGAUCACCACUGGACCCACCAGUACGCUCUACAAAACCCCCAAGAUAUAAAUGCGGGACUACAAAAGCUUGUCCAGAGAAACACUUUGCUUUCAAAAUGGCAAGUGGAGCAGCCAACGUCGUUGGACCUAAAAUUUGUGUAGAAGAUAAUGUGCUGAUGAGUGGCGUUAAAAACAAUGUUGGAAGAGGCAUCAACAUAGCUUUAGUAAACGGCAAAACAGGUGAAGGGAUGGACACAAAAUUCUUUGACAUGUGGGGUGGAGAUGUAGGCCCACUUAUUGAAUAUUUGAAGACUAUUCUAGACGGAACUAUUGUCUUAAUGGCAACCUAUGAUGACGGCGCCACUAAGCUUAAUGAAGAGGCACGGAAGCUGAUAUCUGAACUGGGAAGCACGUCUAUCACGAACCUUGGCUUUAGAGACAAUUGGGUCUUCUGUGGUGGAAAAGGAAUCAAGACAAAAAGUCCAUUUGAACAGCAUAUUAAAAACAACAAAGAUUCGAACAAAUAUGAAGGAUGGCCAGAGGUUGUAGAGAUGGAAGGGUGCAUCCCGCAGAAGCAAGACUAACGGAAUCGUACAAAUGGCACCUACAAACCAGAAUAUAUAUGUGUGUGUGUGGGAGCGGGGAGGAUGCACUUUCUGCUGCUGUUGGGUUUUGGAGAGAGAAUACUGUCUAUGUGCCGAAUCCUUCCAUGAUUGUACCUUGCAGAAGUGCUGUAGAAAUGACCAGGAGUUGCACAAGAACAUGGUGAAGGACUCCCAUUCAUCUAAAA